AUGAACGGUUUUCCUCCUCGUUCAUCCGAACGACGCAAAACCAUAUCUGUCAAUGACCAUCACCCUCCAACCCAACAACAACAACAACAAGACCCACUACCACCGAUCCACUCCAACCCGACCAUCAACGUCUUCCGCUCGAUCCUAACGGGGAUCGAUACCACCAAAUGCGAAGAGAACGGCGAGAAUGCGUUCUACGUCUGUGACCUGGCCUACGUCUAUCGACAGUACCUCCGUUGGCAGGACGCACUAGGGGACAGAGUCGAGCCGUUCUUUGCGGUCAAAUGCAACCCGGACCAAGUCGUGCUCAAGCUACUCGCCCAACUCGGCACCGGUUUCGACUGUGCAUCCCAUGCGGAAAUCGAGAUGGUCCUCAAGCUCGGCGUCGACUCGAGCCGGAUCAUCUACGCCAAUCCGUGCAAGGCAGGCUCGUUCGUCCGUCAUGCACAUGCCAAGGGGGUCCAGAUGAUGACCUUUGACAACCAGGACGAGCUCGAGAAGGUGGCCAAGUUCCACCCGACCGCCCAGAUGGUCCUCCGGAUCCUAACCGACGACAGCGGCAGUCUCUGUCGACUGGGCGAGAAGUUCGGAGCCCCCCUCGAGAAUGUUCGUAGCCUCUUGGAACGAGCUAAGGAGCUGAAUGUGACCGUCAUCGGCGUGGCGUUCCAUGUCGGCAGCGGCUGCUCGAACCCACAGCUCUACACCGAUGCCGUUGGCCGGGCCAAGUGGACCUUCGAACUUGCUCACGAGCUCGGCUUCUCCUUUGACUUCCUCGACGUCGGCGGCGGCUUUGGGGACGAUAACUUCGAUCUGCUCGCCGAAGGCCUCCUUGCCGGCCUUGACAAGUACUUUCCCGUAGGCUGUGGAGUUCGGGUGAUUGCCGAACCCGGCCGGUACUUCGUCACCAGGGCUUUCGAGCUCGCUACCAACAUUAUUGCCAGGAGGAAAGCUCCCACCCCUCCUCCUCCAGCGGUCAGAGCAGAUGGCUCGUCGGACGAUCUGGCCGUCAAAGACCAACAAGACUCUCCAGUGACGAUGUACUACAUCAACGACGGGGUGUAUGGGGCGUUCAACUGCAUCAUCUUUGACCACCAGGUGGUCGAGCCGAAAGUGUUAACGCUGGGAGGAGUGUUUUAUGGGGAUGGGUUUACGGAGAUGGGGUAUCCGGCGGGGCCGAUGACGCCCUCGACGUCCGAGCACGAGAUGGACUGUUCGACGGAUUCGCUGGGCUCAUUGAGCGUUUCCUCGGCGCUCUUCGACCGCAGAGUGGCGCCCUUCCUGGUCGAUGAGCUCGAGUCCUGCAAAAUAUUCGGGCCCUCCUGCGACUCUAUCGACCUUGUCUCCCCUGCUACAUUGCUCCCCGUCAACCGCCUCCUCGUCGGUGAUUGGCUCAGAUGGCCCAAUAUGGGCGCUUACACUAUCUGCGCUGCUAGUCAGUUCAACGGCUUCAAAAUCUCUCAGGUUGUUUAUACUAUUGGCGACCCUUCCGUCGAUCUCAAAGUCCGACAAAUCCUCGGCCAUUGCUUGUAA